AGCAAAUCAUCACUUCAGUCUUCUCACAGCUUUCCUCAAAUUAGUCAAAGAAAAAUUGUAAAAUUUCUGGAAAUAUCUUCGAAAUCAUGAAAACGAUUUUUAAAAUCACCUGCCUCCUGAUGACUGGCUCUAUGAUACAAGCUCUAAGUUUUGACGGUGUUGACGAACGGUAUCAAUGCGACCAAUUUCCAGUCCAAUCUGGGCUUGACGAUGCCUGGGUUGCCAGUGUCGACAAGUGGUACAUCCCACUUUGGAACAAGGUCGAAUUCUACCACAAUGCCCAACAAUUUUAUGGAAAUUCCAAAUUCAACCAGCUCUCGCAAAAAGAUUUGGACAAUACUUGUGCAACCUACAGGGAGAAUGGGACAAGUGUGACAUUUUCCGCAUUUGGAGAUCAGCAACUCGAAUACCACGCUUAUCCAGACCCCAUUCGUGCAGGGAUUUAUUAUUGGAGUGCUCCCGACCAGACUGGAAAAUAUGAAUAUGUUGCAACUUCGUACACCACAUUUUCAGACAAUGCAAACUACGUCGUUACCGUCUGCUUGUGGAACGAUGGGCGCAAAGGGUUCACCGUUGGAAGCCCCAAGUCGGCUUUGGAUGCUCAAUCGUUUAAGCAAGUUAAAAAGCAUCUUCGCCAAAUCGGAUUCAGUUCCAAAUACUUUGUUCAAUACAGUUAUGAAAAAUGCAACAUUUGAUUCCAAUAUUUUGAAAUUCUGAAAUUCUUAAAAUAAGCCAUAAUCUGAAAAAUUGACAGUAUUUUGUAAAAAUUUUGUAUGCUUUCCUCCCUGUGAAAUGCAACAUCCCAUCCGGAUAAUCAUGCAAGUUGUUACUAUUUCAAUUUGCUAUAAAUAAUUUUGAUCAGACAAAAAUAACACAACGCAUUCAAUAUUC